CUUAUACUCAUAAUAUUCGUGAGAAUAAGGUAGCCGUCGUAAUUAUCGUAAUAAGUAAUCUGGCUUUAGUUUUCCCUCCUCUUCUUGGCUCGAUUAUCUAUCUUCUACAUAAUCUGCCUUCAGCAAGUUCGGCCUCCGAUCCCUCAACUAGAACCUCCAUAUAUACCCCAUAAUGGCUCGCACUGAGCUCGAGUAUCCCAAGCAGCCUUAUGGCACCGUCAACCGCUAUAGCCCACGCGCUUCGUACGCCCUGCGCACCAUACACGGUAUAAUCAACUCCUGCCCCAUCUUACAUGUCUCCUUCAACCCCCCAGACAGCUCUUUCCCGACGAUCCUUCCCAUGAUCGGCCAAAUGGGCUCCUUCGAUCGUCCUUCCGCCGACGAAGGCCAGGUCCUCGACCUCUACCUCCACGGCUACGUCUCGUCCCGCAUCAUCAACACCACCCGCAAAACCACCGGUGCCGCCGACGAACCUGAUGGCCUCCCUGUCUGCGUCGCCGCCAGCCACCUCGAUGGCCUCGUCCUCGCCCUGACCCCUAACUCCCACAGCUACAACUACCGUUCUGCUGUCCUUUUCGGCCACGCAACCCUCGUCGAGGACACCGCCGAAAAGCUCUACGCUAUGGAGCUCAUGACCGACGCCGUGGUCCCUGGCCGCUGGUCCAACUCUCGCGUGCCGCCCAACGCCGCCGAGAUGUCUUCCACCGGCGUCCUCCGCGUGCGCAUCACCACUGGUAGCGCCAAGAUCCGUGCCGGGCCCCCCAGCGACGAUAGACACGAUCUCGAGAACCCAGACGUCGUUGGCCGUGUUUGGACCGGCGUGGUCCCCGUCCAUACUACCUUUGGCAGCCCCAUUCCAGGACCGUACAAUGCCGUCACGGACGUCCCUCCGUACUUGCAGGACACCAUCGACGAGUGGAAUCAAUCAGGAGCUGAAUCGGCUAUGGAAGCUGCGAACCCACGAAAGGCAGCCCCGAAAUCCUGAGAAGAGGGCGAAUAAAGUUGGCACACACAUCUUCGCGGCGCGGCGUGUUCUCUUCAGAUAUUUGCAGUAUAUAUGUCCCGAUAAACAGUUUUUAUGUUUCAAUCGCGCCUUCUCUGUAAUGACUCGAAAAGCCCUUGCCUAGAGAGCUUUCGACAGAGAAAAAAAAGACAAGGAAAAGAAAAGGAGAGGAAAGAGAGAAAACAGUUUCUCACCACAGCUCCCAGAUCUUUCCGGGUAUAACAAUACGCAUCACAUCCCAAUGUCCCAGGGCACUCGUCUGGUGCCAUUUGGCCAGCUUCUGCGUCUCAUUCUUCCUCAUGAUACCACCAUCCUCACUCGACUUGAAGCUGGAUUCGCGCACUUCGUGUCUGGGCAUGAG